CAACUCCCGCCCGCCGGCUCCCCUUUUCCUCAUAAUGGACAGAGGUCACAGUCCGAAGAGGCGCAAGAUUGACCCCGAACAAUUCUCAGUAGCUCCGCGGCCAAAGUUCCACAAACAAGAUCAUCUUCGAGCUUCACCGGCGCGCUCGCGGUCACAUACGCCCAGGCCUCGCGAUGGAGGCUCUACUCCCCACCAGAGGUCCUUCGAUGGGCCGGAGCCCAUGGUGGAAGACUUUGACUCGAUGGCGCUGGAUCGAGACUGGUAUGGUGGGGAAGAAAAUGGCCAUACUUUCGGAGAUGACACACACAAUCCGUUUGGCGGCGCUGAGAGCACAUGGCUGGACGCGCAGCGCGAGGCUGCCUUGACGGAGAAGAAGCAGAACAGCAGAGCCAGCGCUCGAGCAAUGCAAAAGCAGAAGGACGUGGAUGCGUGGGAGACAAACCGGAUGCUACAGUCCGGGGUAGCCCAACGAAGAACAUUUGACACCGACUUCGACGACGAAGACGAGGGCACUCGAGUCCAUAUACUAGUCCACGACCUCAAGCCUCCAUUUCUAGAUGGAAAGAAGGUCUUCACGAAGCAACUGGAGCCAGUUCCCGCUGUCCGCGACCCUCAGAGCGACAUGGCGGUCUUCAGUCGCAGAGGGAGCAGGGUCGUGAAGGAGAGGAGGCAGCAGAAAGAGCGCCAGAAACAGGCGCAAGAGGCAACAAAUGUGGCAGGGACCACUUUAGGGAACAUUAUGGGCGUAAAAGAAGACGACGCAGACAGUGCUGCCCCUGUCCCGGGCGAGGACGAAAAGAAAGGAGGCAGCAAAUUCGCCGAAUAUCUGAAGAACAACGAAGGCCAGAGCGCCUUCAGCAAGAGCAAGACACUUCGAGAGCAGAGGCAGUACCUACCGGCAUUUGCGGUGCGCGAGGACCUCCUACGCGUGAUCCGAGACAAUCAAGUUAUCAUUGUCGUUGGCCAGACCGGCUCCGGAAAGACGACUCAGUUGACGCAAUUCCUCUACGAAGACGGUUAUUCCAAACAAGGUCUCAUCGGCUGCACGCAACCACGACGUGUCGCCGCCAUGAGCGUUGCGAAACGUGUCAGCGAAGAGAUGGAAGUGAGGCUUGGUGGUCUAGUCGGAUAUGCUAUCCGAUUUGAGGACUGUACCAGUAGAGAGACAAAGAUCAAGUACAUGACUGAUGGCGUCUUGCUCCGAGAAUCACUCGUGGAGCCGGAUCUGGACAAGUAUUCCUGCAUCAUCAUGGAUGAAGCGCACGAGAGAGCGUUAAACACCGACGUGCUUAUGGGCCUUAUCAAGAAAGUCCUCGCUCGGAGACGAGAUCUAAAGCUAAUAGUCACUUCCGCCACCAUGAACGCCGAGCGCUUUUCGCGAUUUUACGGAGGGGCGCCAGAGUUCAUCAUCCCAGGACGCACAUUCCCCGUCGACAUACAGUUUUCUCGAUCACCAUGCGAAGACUACGUCGACAGUGCCGUCAAGCAGGUCUUGGCCAUUCAUGUUUCCCAAGGACCCGGAGAUAUUCUGAUUACCUGUGAGCUCGUCGCUGAGAGGCUGAAGCUCCUCAACGAUCCACCAAAGCUCAGUAUCCUCCCGAUCUACAGCCAAAUGCCUGCGGACUUGCAGGCCAAAAUUUUCGAUCGAGCCCCGCCGGGAGUUCGCAAAGUUAUCGUAGCUACCAACAUUGCUGAGACAAGCUUGACAGUCGACGGCAUUAUGUAUGUUGUGGACUCAGGGUUCUCGAAGUUGAAGAUAACGCCAAUUUCGCAGGCAAACGCCUCCCAAAGAGCAGGCCGUGCAGGGCAGAGAGCCUUCCGCGAUGAGUUCUACAUCCAGACUAUCCCGGAAAUCCAGCGCACCAACCUAGCGAACACAGUCCUUCUGCUCAAGUCCCUCGGGGUGAGGGAUCUAUUAGAUUUUGACUUCAUGGAUCCGCCACCUCAAGAUACAAUCACGACAUCACUCUUCGAUCUUUGGGCUCUAGGUGCUCUAGACAACAUCGGCGAGCUCACUCCUCUUGGCCGAACCAUGACCGCCUUUCCUAUGGAUCCCUCAUUGGCCAAGCUUAUCAUUACUUCCGUCGAGUACGAAUGCAGCGAGGAGAUGCUAACGAUUGUUUCUAUGCUCUCCGUUCCUAGUGUCUUCUACCGCCCAAAGGAACGCCAGGAAGAGUCCGACGCGGCGCGAGAAAAGUUCUUCGUCCCCGAAUCGGACCACCUCACCCUCCUGCAUGUGUACACCCAAUGGAAAGUCAAUGGCUACUCUGACGGCUGGUGUAUCCGCCACUUCCUGCACCCGAAAGCUCUGCGUCGAGCAAAGGAAAUCCGCGACCAACUUCAUGAUAUCAUGAAGAUGCAGAGAAUGAACCUUGUCAGCUGCGGCACGGACUGGGAUAUCAUACGCAAAUGUAUUUGCUCCGGGUACUACCACCAGGCUGCGAAGGUCAAGGGCAUCGGAGAAUACAUAAACCUCCGUACGAGCGUCACUAUUCAACUCCAUCCCACGAGCGCUCUAUACGGCCUCGGGUACCUGCCCGAUUAUGUGGUCUAUCACGAACUUAUCCUUACGUCGAAAGAGUACAUGUCCUGCGUUACAUCCGUCGACCCGCACUGGUUAGCAGACCUGGGCGCAGUAUUCUACUCCAUCAAGGAGAAGGGAUACUCGGCGAGAGACAAGCGGGUCACGGAGAUUGAGUUCAAUCGCAGAGCGGAGCUAGAGGCUAAGAUGGCGGAGGAUAAGGCAAGAGAAGAGCGGAGAAUUGCAGAGGAGGAGAACGGGCCGUUGAUCAAGCGCCCUGGAGUGGGUGCAAAGAAGAUUGUCAGCGAUGGAACCGUGAAGAAGCCGAUCUUGGGAAAGGGGAGGAGAAGAGGAUUUUAA